CAGCAAAAGGUUAGUGGUGAAACGUUUUUAGAUUUCGAAUCUGAAAUUUUCCAUUCUCCAAGGUUAUAUUGAAAUUAGAUUGCUUAAUGGCAAUAAGUCUCUGUUUGGUUACGUGAAUCCCACUUCCUGGUUGAGGAAAUUCGGUUGCUUUCUUCUGAAUUCCGUGAGUGCUCCUUUGUUCAUAGCAGAAGAAACUUCAAUUCAGUUGCACAUGAAGCUGCAACAAGAGCCAGGAGGUUAACACGCCGGCAUCACCGUCAACCAGUUGGAACCCACGGGCGAAAGUCCCAUCUUCGUUUUGGCUCCCCUCUUUAAGCCACCCAGAUACUUCUCUCUCAGGCUCUCCGCCCGCAAUCAAUCGAAUAGGUUGUAUGGCAUUCGGCGCUUCCCGGCGUGUUCUUUCCUAUCAAUUCAGAGGGUGUUUUUGGGGACGUCUCGCCAGUGGCAGGUAUCACGAUUCCUUACUUUACUCGCCGUCGUUUUCAUCGGCUUUAUCAUACUUGUUUUCAACCCUACACGAACCAUCAAAUCCAUUUGAUGAUGGUGCUUUGGCCGAUGGGUCUCAGAAUCAACGCAGCAUAGACGAGCGCUUCGUUAUUAGUGAACUUUCUGAUCUCUUACUAGUUCAACCUCAUGGUUCGGUUUCUAACACUCUCAAAGAGAAUCCUACUGAGAAACAGAUGCCAAUUAGGGCGGUUGAUGGAUUUUUACUACCAGAAGAAAAAUUGCGAGGUGUUUUCCUUCAAAAACUGAAUGGUAAAACCGCAAUUGAACAUGCUUUAGCUAAUACUGACGUGAAUUUGAGCCAAGAUGUUGUCGACAAAGCACUAAUCACGGGGAGUUUAGGUAGCGAAGCAAUGGUUACCUUCUUUUAUUGGGCUAUUAAACAGCCGUCGAUACCUAAGGAUACUUCCAGUUAUAACAUAAUCCUUAAAGCUUUAGGUAGAAGAAGGUUUUUUGACUCCAUGAUGGAUGUUUUGCACAACAUGACACGGGAGGGAGUGGAUGCGAACAUGGAAACAGUAUCCAUCGUGGUAGACAGUUUGGUCAAGGCUCACCAAGUUUCUAAGGCACUUCAGUUAUUCAGAAACUUGAAAGAAAUUGGGCUGAAAUGUGAUACCGAAACCUUGAAUAUUCUUCUACAAUGCAUGUGUCGACGUUCCCACGUGGGUGCUGCAAACUCAUUUUUUAAUUUAAUCAAGGGGAACGUACCUUUCGAUGCUACAACAUACAACAUUAUAAUUGGUGGAUGGUCAAGAUAUGGUAGGCAUAGUGAAGUUGAGCGAAUUUUGAAAGCAAUGGAAGUUGAUGGAUUUUCUCCAGAUUGUCUGACUUACACUUAUCUUCUUGAGUGUCUUGGCAGAGCAAAUCGCAUUGAUGACGCUGUCAAGAUCUUUGAUAAAAUGGAUGAAAACGGCUGUUCGCCAGAUGUUGAUGCUUAUAAUGCAAUGAUCUCCAACUUUAUAUGUAUAGGUGAUUUUGAUAAAUGCCUGACCUAUUACAGGCGUAUGUUGAGUAAUAGAUGUGAACCUGAUAUCAACACCUAUUCCAAUUUGAUCAUUGGGUUUCUUAAAGCCAAGAAAGUGGCCGAUGCACUAGAAAUGUUUGAUGAGAUGGUGGGAAGAAUAAUUCCCACUACGGGGGCAAUAACAUCCUUCAUGAAACUUAGCUGUAGUUAUGGUCCUCCGCAUGCAGCUAUGUUAAUCUACAAGAAAGCAAGAAAAGUUGGAUGUAGGAUAUCCAAGAGUGCUUACAAAUUGUUGCUAAUGCGGCUUUCUUUGUUUGGUAAAUUUGGCAUGCUAUUAAAUAUAUGGAAUGAGAUGCAAGAAAGUGGUUAUGAUCCUGAUGUGGAAACUUAUGAGCAUGCCAUUGACUGUCUUUGUAAAACAGGGCAGCUUGAAAAUGCUGUACUCGUCAUGGAAGAAUGUUUACGUCAGGGUUUCUUCCCAAGUAGGCAAAUACGUAGCAAGCUUAAUAACAAACUAUUGGCCUCUGAUAGGACAGAUAUGGCAUAUAAACUCUGGUUGAAAGUCAAAGUUGCUCGUCAUCAGGAAAAUUUGCAAAGAUGUUGGCGUGCCAAGGGAUGGCAUUAUUGAGAUCUUUUAGGUCAUAUCGGUAAUAAAUGAGUUUUUUUCUUCUCUUGUUUGGUUGUUUGAAGGUUAGUAACAUUUUACAGAAGUCAUUCUACGUGAUGCAGGUCGUUCUUAGGAUGUUUUGUAGUUGUUGACUGCUUACUCUUUUUUUUUUUUUUUGGUUGUUGUUGUUGUUAACAUAUAUGAGAGGCCGUCUAUGCAAUUUCUUGGGCUUCCAUUGAGGUAAAUCUACAAAAAGUGGACUUCAGGACUUUGUUUAUCGAAUCUGGAUUGCAAAAUGGAAGCAAUCUUAUCUCUACAUUUAUUUUAUUUGUUUCAACUAGAGUCCUGUGAGCCUGUUUCUUAUGUUUUGUUCAUCAAGAUUCUCUGAAUACUUUUAUGGGAAGGAAGGAUGAAAGUUAAGUAAAGGGGGUGCUGGGGAAUUUUUUUUACUCGGUUUAUUACGUUUCAAUUCAAUUUUUUCUAACUGGAUCCUUGUUUAUUAUGUUUCGUCUGUCAACGUUUUCAUUCAUCCUAUUAAUUUUAACUUUGCAGGGCCAUUGUUAAUGCCUAUGGGCUUUGGCUAAUUCAUCUGGUGUGCAACGCCCACAUCUCUGGUUCUACACAAAAGCAGAUGUGAUAAUAGAUUAAAUGAGAUCACCGAAAGGGCAUCUGCUGACAAGCGUGACGCAGAAUCUUUGGGAAAAACAUACGAGGAGAAGUACAAGCAAGUGGCUGAAAUAGCAUCUAAGUUAACCAUUGAAUAGGCGAAAUAUCGUGAUGUUCAAGAAAGGAAGACAGAGUUGCAUCAAGCAAUUAUUAAAAUGGAACAAGGAGGAAGUGCUGAUGGUAUUCUUCAGGUCCGAGCUGAUCGAAUACGAUCUGAUAUCGAGGAGCUCAUAAAGGCUUUAACUGAAUGAUGUAAGAAACAUCGAUUUGAUGUUAAGUCGGCAGCUAUAAUCGAGCUUCCAGUAGGUUGGCAACCUGGAAUUCCAGAUGAUGCAGCUAUUUGGGAUGAAAAGUGGGAUAAAUUUGAAGAUGAAGGAUUUUCCAAUGAUCUCAAUCUCGAUCCAAAAGGUGUUACUGCCUCAAAACCAAAAAUGUCAGACAGUGAAAAGGAUCUAGAUUAUAACUGAACUCCUGAUUCAUUGUCAGAUGCCAAUGGCAAAAUGGGGAACUCCUUGAGUACCAAUAAUCGUGGCCUUGAGAGUGAAUCUGUGUAUAGCCACAGUGAAGAUGAGUCAGCAAGAAGUCCAUAUGGCAGUCCAGCUGCUAAGACAUCUCUAGAAAGCCCUUCUCAUGAAUUUUCAGAUGCUGGUUAUGAAAAAAGUCCGGAGGCAUAUAGUUUCUAUGAGUCCAUUUGGGGCACCUUUGACAAUAAUGACGAUGUGGACUCAGUUUGGGGAAUAAAACCAGUUAAUACCAAGGUGAGCCUGACAAUUAGAUAUUUUAUGUUGCUUUGCUGGGUUUGAUAGAUGUAUAGAUCUAUUUUGGUUUAUUAUUUUCUUUUUAAUGGGACUAAUUGGUUUACUGUCGGAAACUAUUUUUUAAAAAGAAAAGCUCUAGAGUAUAAUCAUUAUCAUUAUCAUUAUUAUUAUUUUCUGUUGCUUUUGAAA